GCCACGCAUGUAAUACCAUUCUGUUUUGGUACAGUCGGGCUGGCGUGACGGUCAUGGAUUUCGGCUUUAAAUUCGAAUUGAUUGUUCUCAGUUUUUGAAAUUCUUAUCACUUUUUAGCGUGGGAUUUGCAGUACUGAUGGCCCAGUCCGUGUAUUUCUGCAGUCAGCAAUGGAUUCUGAUGUAGGAGGUAUCAGGGAGGACGCGAAAUUAGAGGACAUCGAAUAACAUUUCUGAAGUUCCACUUGCCGUUGUCGCGUCGCCCGGCCAAAGCAAGUCGUACCGCGUGAGAAAGAACCGUGUUGCGGUGUAAAGAUUGUCAUCGACCGCUUGGAGUUUACGUUUCACGCUUGAGAGUCGCUCAGUGGAGUCUUUGCCACUCUGCAACCAUGGAAGUAAAUGCGGAGAGAGAUUGUAGUGUCCUUGGAGGCCUGUUUCAGACCAUCAUCAAUGACAUGAAAGGUUCUGUUCCUGUCUGGGAAGACUUCACUAGCAAAGCUUCCAAACUACACACACAACUCAAGACCACGAUAGUUGCUGUGAGUGCAUUCUUAGAAGCCUUUCAGCGCAUUGCGGAUAUAGCCACCAACUCCAGAGGUGCUACCAAGGAUCUGGGUGCCUCGCUAACGAGAAUGUGUAUCAGACAUAAGACCAUUGAACUCAAACUCAAGUCUUUCACCAAUGCCAUCAUGGAGUGUCUGGUGAAUCCACUUCAGGAGCGCAUGGAAGACUGGAAAAAAAUCACUACGCAACUGGACAAAGAGCACGCCAAAGAUUACAAGAAAGCCAGACAGGAUAUCAAGAAGAAGUCGUCCGAUACUGUGAGACUGCAGAAGAAAGCCAGAAAAGGUAAAGCAGACAUCCAGUAUCGAUUGGACAGCGCCAUGCACGAUGUCAAUGACAUGUACCUGCUGUUGGAGGAGCAAGAGAAGAACGCCGUCCGGGGAGGCAUGAUUGAGGAGAGGAGCCGCUUCUGCAUGCUCAUCAACUGCUUCAAACCAGUCGUGGAUGAGGAGAUAUCGAUGUUAUCCGAGGUGACACGUCUCGAGUCAGUCCUCGGUGAACUGGUGGAGCACAGCAAGGACCCCUACAUCUUGCCCCCCUCCAGCGAACAGGUCAUCAUGGACAUUAAGGGUCAAGAGAUCAAGUUGGCGUACCAGACACCCCCAGGUUCCCCCUCACCCUCGUCUGGUUCCCGGAAGUCUAGUAUGUGCAGUCUGAGCAGCAUGACCAGCUCAGACUCGCGUUCCAGCAGCUCCACCAACUCCCACUCCCCCGGGGCCAACUUUGUCCGUCACCGCAGCCUAUCGCAGCCCAACAGCGCCUACCGCCUCUCCAGCGUCUCCUCUCAGGAUUCUGGCUUCACCUCCCAGGACAUGCUGUUCCCGGCCCAGCCUGGCACCCCACCUCAGACGGUGCCCGAAGAGACGGCGCAGCAACGACUCUUGCACUGUGCCUCCACCCCCUAUGAGCUGGAGCACCAGUCUUCCAGCGAGUGCAGCACGCCCUCCUCCCCAACUCCACCCCCAACCGCCUCCCAGUUCACCAUCCCGCCUUCCCAGGCACCGCCCCCGCCCAGCUGGCUAGUCAACUUCAGCCAGUCGGAGAAGCUGCAGCGGCCCAAGAGCAUCCCCACCCCCCUGGUGCCGUCAGGGACCCGCCCCCCGCCGCCGCCAGUCGCCGAUAAGCCCUUGGUGUCUCCCAAGCCCAAGACGGGCGAUGCCAAGGCCGGCAGUACGCCCUUCGUGCCUGACUUCAACACGCCCCAGUCCAACCAAAUCGUGCCUCGUCCCCUGUGUGCCAGUGGACAACCGUUGUCAAACGCUGACCUUUACAGACAGAGAAGCGCCACGCUACCGGCGAGAAGGCACACACACAGCUCAAUGCCGUCAGCACUGUACUCCCUGGAUUCCGACGGCACAACCAGCAGCCAUGGAUCGCUCAGCACCUCCAGUGGCUACAGUACCCAGUCCACCACGGGGACCAACUCUGACGAAAUGCUGACGUUGCAAGAUCGAAGGCACCAUUCCCUGGAGGACAGCAUGGAAAAUGUCACCGAUAAUGAGAAGCCACCUGUUCACUCUUUCCAAGCCACGGAGUCCGUGUACACCACCACACCCAACCACUCUCCUACACGCCGACCUAUGUCCAUGUCAUGCAUGCCCACUGCAUCCCUCGGGGAACCAGCCAUCAGGGGUACCACCACCACACCGAGUGGCUCAUUGCGGAAGAGCAAGCCCCCUCCGCCAAUACGACGCACCCCGUCGGGGGGCUCCCUUGCCGGCAUGAGCAUCACACCGGAGGCUCAGGGCGCGGUCGGGGAGGGGCCAGACGACGCCUACUUCAAACGCCCCUACACCCCGGGGCGGGUUCGCAGCCAGAGCACGGUGCAAGCUCCGUACGGCGGGGAGGCGCAGCAGUCUGGGGGUGGGUCCCAGGGGCGGGUGCAUCGCAGCCACAGUCUCAAGUUGGCCGGGGAUGUCGUGGCGGGCGACUUGGCCCGGAUGAAUCUCAUGGAGAGUCUGAACGCCAAGCUGGCAAAGCGCGGAACAGCACAGCCUCAACAAGAUGCUGGACCAAGGCAACAGAUGCAAGCAGAGCACUAUGCACAGCCAAUGCAGCAGCAACAACAGUCAACACAACAGUAUCAACAGUCAGCACAACAGUAUCAACAGUCAACACAACACUAUCAACAACAGUCAACACAACACUAUCAACAACAGUCAACACAACACUAUCAACAACAGUCAACACAACACUAUCAACAACAGCAAUCAACACAGCAGUAUAAACAGCAACCAGGCCAAUACCAGCAGCAGCAACAACAGCAGCAAACGCAUCAAUAUCAGCAGCAACACUUCCAACAGAACCAGUAUCAGCAGCAGCAGCAGCAGCCCCAGCACAACGGACAGCAGCAGGGCCUGCCGUCGCAGCGGUACAGUCAACCCCACGGUGCUUACAAACCGCCCAAUCUGCCGCCGCCGCAGCAGCAGCAGCAAGCCUACUCAACUCCGAGCUUCCAGCAAGUCCAACAGCAGCUACAGCAGCAGUUGCAACACGGCGCCCCGCUGCAGCCCAGCCAGUAUGGCGGUCAGCCGAGUCAUGGACACUCCCAAAUCACCUCACAGUCAGGUAACCAAGGAGACAGUGACAGUUCAGACAGCGAUGAAGGAGUAGGCAUCCUCGCAGAAAUCAAACGAGGCGUGAAGCUGAGGCGUACUAUCUCCAAUGACCGCUCAGCUCCCAGAAUAUGAACUGACAGGCUGGACGCAAACAAAAAGCAGAGCUUUAAAGGCUAACAGCAAUACCCUAGUAGCAGGUGUUAUAAGUAGUAACAACAAUGUGCAAAAAGCUACCAAGCUGGGUGUUCUUUUUUUAUAAACGUGUAUAUGAUGUAUGCAAACAAUAUAAGUGCGUUUUAUCCAAUCCAAGUCAGUUUUGUAAUAUGGGAGUGCGGUUUAACAUCUUCCAUGCAUUGUUGGUUGGGGGUAUCCUAGAUCCAUCAAAACCUUCCAGGAGGAUUCUGCAGGGUUUCAGAGGCAGUGGGCCUGACCACUGUUGCUGUAGGCUUGAUUUCCCCUGGGAACACAAAGAGUGUUCCAAAAUGAAGGAUUUUGAAGGAUCUAGGAAGAUAAUUGGCCGAAACUCUGAGAGGAUGGGAGUAAAUGUUCAUAAUAUUGUUUUGAGCAUACAAGUAAAUGCUGGAUACCAGUAAGGCGGCUCAUUCGCGCUAGCUUGUUGAGUGAUCAGCUGUGCAUUUUUGUCUGUUGCUGUAUUGGAUAUUGCACAUUGUCGUCAAGUUCAUGAACAAUCAUGAUAAGUGUUGCUACAGGUCAGAUUUCUCAUGGUAGUGAUACAUAUCACAGUAGACUGGACCUUACAUGGUAGGCACCAGUCCACGUCAGGCAGAAUCUCAUUACGUUUCAUAAGCCGCAUGUGAAUGGCCCAUUUCGGGAUAUGGCUAGCCAAUAGGUGCACCACUGGUUAACUACGAAUUCACAGCCACAAUCCUAGCCAGACCGGUCAGACACGCCCAAUGGUUUGCUUUACAUGUAGUAGGCCAGCCAAGAUGGACCGGUGUAUGUAGUAGGCCAAGUAACCAAGAUUCUUCUUGAUCUCAAGAUACAUUGGUGCUUCCUUCCAGAAAUAUCUACAACCGCUUUUGAUGCGAAUACUGUGUAUAUGAACCGAAGAAUUAGUUGAGCCAAGAAAAUUUGGCAACAUGUGGACUUAACUCCUGAAAUUGGCAUUUUCUGGUCAGUUUUUCUUUCUUGUAAGGAUAGAAUAUUGGAAUUUUGUUGGAAACAGAUAUUUAGUUAAAUAGAGAUAAGUAUGAUCUUUGUAAUUAUUAAAAAGUUUGUAGCUUUAAAAGAAGAAUAUGAGAGAGGUGAUCAAAGUGAUUUAGAUUUUCAAGCUCGUUGCCCAGUUUUUAAGUUUUUUACUUGCCACUGUAGAUAUUUUUGAUACAAGUUGGGGGUCAUGAACAGGUUGCACUCGUAGGUCAAAGGUCACAGGCUGACCUGACUUAUCUCAAUUUUAGUGAAAUUAUUUGGUGAGAGAUUGCUACAAGUUACUGUGAUUUUCUGAUAACCCAAAAUAAGAAAGUUUAGGUCUCUGUGAUAUUUUAGAAUUGUAAUAUUUUGCCAUUUAGUUAUGGUGUAUUCAUGGUUUAUUAUAUUGAAGCUAUUGAAAUAGGUUUUAAGAGGAUUUCAGUUGUAUUUAUUAUUUUUAUACUGCCUGUUAACAGCAAACAAAAUUUCUUACAUCAUAGCUAUCUGUACAUUGUUUUCAAGGGUAACCGGUUUGCUUUAACAAAAACUCUGGGAUAGAAAAGUUGUCAGAACAGUGAAACUUUGUGCACAAAAGUGCUGUCAAAAUUGUCCAGGAUUGUGUUUUGAUUUAUAAAAAAUGUCAUCCAACUGAAAAUCCAGAAACAUCUGCUUUGAGCAGUCAUUGUUGCGUCACAUAAUGUAGUACCAGUCGGUGCUGUGAAGAAAAAGUGUCCUGUAACCAAAAUGUUUGUACAAAGUGACUGAAGACGUUGCAGCAACGCCUUCGCAUUGUGAACAUAGGGAGUGUGCAUUUGUUCAUGAGGGUGUUGUAAUCGGAGGUUGCCGUGACAACACUCUGGUGUCAGCUUGGCGGUUGCAGACAUUUGCUUUCCUCUCCCACAAAAUGCGAGUCAGGUUGCCAAGGCUUAUCCGCUUUUUGAAACAUUGUAUUCUCCACCUGAAUUCCGUGUGAUAUCUUGGGAUUUCCAGAGUAAAAACUGAUGUAAACAAUGUUGGGUGUCCUUCAAACUCUUCUUGGUUUUGUCAAAUAAAGAAUUUCAAGCCCAUACUAAG